AUGUUUUCGAGGUUAAUUCUAGCGAAAUCACCAGCUUUGCUGCGUAUAAAAGGAAGAAGCCGCUCAUCUCUUAACUUGGCAUUCUUAUACCACACACUUUCAGGAACAAAAUUGGCAAAGACCAUCCGUGUAAAGGCAAACAAUGAGAUUAAAUCGAUUCAAGAGAAAAUGCCAUCUUUCACUCCAACUUUAAAGAUUAUUCAAAUCGGUGAUAGACCAGAUUCUUCAACGUAUGUUAGAAUGAAACUGAAGGCUUCAAAGGAGGGUGGUGUUAAUUGUAUUAUUGAGAAGUUGCCAGAGUCAAUUAGUGAGACUACAUUGCUAAGCAAGAUAAAUGAAUUUAAUUCGGAUGACUCCAUUCACGGUAUUCUAAUUCAAUUGCCUCUACCAUCACAUUUAAACGAAACUGAAAUUACAAAUGCCGUCUCAUCGAAGAAAGAUGUGGAUGGGUUUCAUCGUGAUAAUGCUGGUGAAUUAGCUAAGAGAGGUGGAAAACCUUAUUUUAUUCCAUGCACGCCAAAUGGCUGUAUCAAGUUGUUAGAAGAAGCCAAUGUAGAUUUGAGUGGAAAGCAUGCAGUUGUCCUAGGAAGAUCUGAUAUUGUUGGUACCCCUGUGGCAUCAUUAUUGAAGAAUAAAAAUGCAACUGUUACUAUUUGUCAUAGUAAGACAAAAGAUAUUCCUAAGAUAUUAGGAGAUGCAGAUAUCGUAAUCGCUGCAUGUGGUAUUCCUGAAUUUGUCAAAGGUGAAUGGUUGAAAGAAGGUGCCGUAGUCAUCGACGUUGGUAUAAAUUACAUUCCUGACAGCUCAAAGAAAUCAGGUCUAAGGUUAGUGGGUGAUGUCGAUUUCGAUUCCGCUAAGGAAAAGGCAUCUUACAUUACACCAGUACCAGGUGGUGUAGGACCUAUGACAGUUGCUAUGCUAGUCCAGAACGUAAUUCAAGCCGCCAAAAACCAAUUAUUAGAAAACGAAAAGUUACCUAAAAUCACUCCUUUGCCAUUAACUAUUGAAAAACCAGCCCCAUCAGAUGUUGAAAUAUCCAGAAGACAGCAACCAAAGUUAAUCCAACAGGUUGCAAAUGAACUUGGUAUUCGUCCUAACGAGUUAGAGCCAUAUGGUCAUUAUAAGGGGAAGGUUUCUCCAUCAAUUCUCCAAAGAUUGAACCAAAAUAAAAAUGGGAAAUAUAUCUUGGUUGCUGGUAUUACCCCAACUCCAUUAGGAGAAGGUAAGUCAACCACCACCAUUGGUUUAGUUCAGGCAUUAACGGCCCAUUUAGGAAAACCUUCUAUUGCAAAUGUUCGUCAACCUUCUCAGGGUCCAACAUUCGGUAUUAAAGGUGGUGCUGCUGGUGGGAUGUAUUCUCAAGUUAUUCCCAUGGAAGAAUUCAAUUUGCAUUUGACUGGUGAUAUCCAUGCAAUUGGUGCAGCUAAUAACUUGUUAGCUGCUGCAGUGGAUACUAGAAUGUUCCAUGAAGCUACACAAAAAAAAGACUCUACGUUCUAUAACAGGCUUGUUCCUAAAAAGAAUGGAGUUCGUAAGUUUACUGCAUCAAUGUUAAGAAGACUAAAUAGGUUAGGUAUUGAAAAGACUAAUCCAGAUGAUUUAACACCUGAAGAAAUUAACAAGUUUGCCAGGUUAAAUAUCAAUCCAGAUACAAUCUCCAUUAAGAGAGUAGUGGAUGUCAAUGAUAGAAUGUUAAGACAAGUUACUAUUGGAGAAGCCCCAACUGAAAAGGGAUUUACGAGAACUACAGGAUUUGAUAUUACAGUGGCGUCAGAAUUAAUGGCUAUUUUAGCCCUAUCUAAGGAUUUGAAAGAUAUGAGGCAACGUAUUGGCCGUAUUGUUGUUGCUUCUGAUUUUGAAGAAAAUCCAAUCACGGUUGAAGAUAUCGGCUGUACAGGUGCUCUGACUGCUUUACUAACAGAUGCAAUCAAACCUAAUUUGAUGCAAACCUUGGAAGGUACCCCUGUAUUAGUCCAUGCCGGUCCAUUUGCCAAUAUUUCUAUUGGUGCAUCUUCUGUUAUUGCAGACCGUAUUGCGCUAAAGCUAAUGGGAGAAAGGCCUUCCAUUUCUAAUGAAAAGCAAGAACCUGGUUAUGUUAUUACAGAAGCUGGGUUCGACUUCACGAUGGGUGGUGAAAGAUUUUUCAAUAUAAAAUGUCGUUCUUCUGAAUUGACUCCUGAUACUGUUGUUUUAGUUGCUACUGUCAGAGCUUUGAAACUACAUGGGGGUGCUCCAGAUGUUAAGCCAGGUCAAAGUUUACCAUCGGAAUACACCACUGAGAAUGUUGAUUUAGUUGCUAAAGGUGUUGCUAAUUUAUGUAAGCAAAUUUCCAAUGCAAAGCAAUUCGGUGUUCCAGUUGUUGUAGCUAUCAAUCGUUUCGAUUCUGAUACCGAUGCUGAAAUUGAAGUUAUCAGAAAGGCUUCUAUUGAAGCCGGUGCUUAUGAUGCUGUUGCAACCACUCACUUCCAAGAAGGUGGGAAAGGUGCUCUUGCCUUAGCUCAUUCAGUUAUGAAGGCAACUGCUACUCAACCUGUCGAUUUUAAAUAUCUAUAUGACAUAAAUGAUUCUGUGGAGGAUAAGUUGACAACUAUCGUUCAAAAGAUGUACGGAGGUGCCAACAUCGAGAUAUCGCCAGUCGCUCAAAAGAAGAUUGAAAUGUAUAAGAAGCAAGGAUUCGGUAAUCUACCAAUCUGUAUUGCUAAGACUCAAUAUUCUUUGUCCCAUGAUCCAAAGCUAAAGGGUGUCCCAACGGGAUUCACAUUCCCAAUCAGAGAUAUCAGAGCCUCCAUUGGGGCUGGGUAUCUAUAUGCAUUAGCCGCAGAAAUUCAGACAAUUCCAGGUCUUUCCACGUACGCUGGUUAUAUGAACGUCGAAGUUGAUGAUGACGGAAAGAUCGAAGGUUUAUUUUAA